CGAAACGGAAUUACCCGUACUUACUUUUUUAAACCGCCGAGUGUUUUAUGUAAGCAUUGUAGAGCAUGUAUUUGUGUGUUUAGAAUUACUUCAAUAAAACUAUUACUUCAAUAGGUGUGUGAUUUGUUUGUACGAGGGUAUCAUCCGAUGUUUAGAGAUGUUAAACCUGUCACCGUCGGUGUAUCGUAACGUUGACGAUGUCGAGCGGCCCGUGAACACUAAGAAGAUCUACUCGAGGCGGCCCUGGUAUGCCCCGCCAAUUGACCCGGCUGAGGUGUUGACGAGCAGACAUAGAGUACCAGAUUACGACCCCGAUUACGAAGAACCGGAGGGAGAAGAAUACUAUGAUCGUAAGCAAGAUUAUGUGGACCCAGUGACAUCACAGAAGAUUGAGUCAGUGGACAGUAUCGACAGAAUUGAAGCGAUCGAAGCGUCACCGCCUAACACGAGGUUUGAACAAGGGCCUACAACCAGCUCCGUAUCUGAAUUCUCACUUGGAAAUGCUAUCAAUUUAAGAGAAGUGGCGCUAGUAGCAUUGGGCGGCGCAAGCGCAGCUAUAGUGUUGCUGAUCGUGAUGGCCGGAGUUUUCGUCGCGCGCAGGCGCAAGAACAGCCCCUCCCCCGCACCCUCGCCGCCGAUACUCGUGUACCCACCACAUGACAUUUCUGCUCCGUGCUAUAUGACAAAAGAGGUGAACUUUUCGUUGCCAGCGCUUCGUUCAUCAUCACUGGGUGAACUACGUGAUGUGAUCAGCGUGAGCAGUCUCGGCAGCGAUAUCCUGUGUCCCCCUGUGCCGACACAGAUGAGAUCCAAUUCCUUCACUAACACAGCUGAUCUGGGAGUACUGGAUCCGUCACUUUACAAGCCUGACUGUCCUGACGAAGAUUUGCUAUGGCCUGAAGGGCAUGUGGGCCGUGUGUGGUUCACGGUGAAAUACGAGUCAAGCACCGAGCGGCUACAGGUGCAUAUCAUAAAGGCGAAGCACCUCCCUUCUCGCACGCCCGCGCUGGCCAACGCAUGCGAUCCGUACAUCAAGAUCCAACUGAUGCCAGAUGAAAGGAGAGUGCUUCAAACGAAACAAAAAAAGAAGACGUGCAAUCCGUUCUUUGAUGAAACCUUUGUCUAUCAGAUACCUCCGGGCAAAUUGGAAGGCCUAACUCUGAAACUGUCAGUGCUGGACGUCGGCAGGGUGGGGAAGGGAAAGCAGCUGAUUGGUCACGUGAUUCUUCCUCUCAGUGAGUUGGAGGGGGUAGCACCUGAUGAAGAGCCACAGCUCUAUAAGAUGGAUGUGGAAAAGGAAAUUCAAGAUCCAACGUCCGACCUUGGGGAGAUUUUAGUGUCGUUGCUGUAUAACGAAAACUUACACAGACUAACUGUGACAGUCAUAGAGGCACGAGGUCUGAAGUUGGACCCAUCAUCAAAUAGACACGAGAUGGUAGUGCGCGUGACACAAGAACGUGCGUGUCGCGGGGUGCGCGCGCGCCGCACCGAGGCGGUCGAGGUGACAGACGACGGUUGCGCAUUGGUUUCCGAAUGUUUCAACUUUAGGCUGAAGGCCGAUGAACUCCACACCACUAGCGUCACAGUGCAAGCCUUGCAGCCACACUCUGUUUAUGCUAAAGAUCGACUGCUCGGCAAAUUCGUGCUCGGCUCGUAUAUGUUCGCAAGAGGGCGCGCACUCCAACACUGGAACUCCGCUCUGGCAACCCCAAUGGAACAAGUCAAACAAUGGCAUCCGCUCACUAACUAAAACCCGGCCAAUUCUAAUAUGUACCGAUAUCAUUACUCUAAGCUAUAUUAAAAAGAAUAUUUAAUUGGACGUAUUUAGACAGUUAAACCAUGAUAUUUUAAACGUACAAGAUCUUUUUGACAGUUCUUUCGAAUUUUCAUGCGCACUCAUCUGUCAUAAAACUAACAAUGCAAUAUUAGAAUUAAAACAUUUUCCAUACAUUUUAUUGGUCUUUGAAAUUGCAACAUAUCUUAUACUAAAAUUAAAUUCGACUUACUAUUUAUAA